AUGUCUAACCAAUAUAUUUAUAAUAACUAUCAACAAUAUUCACCUAAUUUGCCUCAUCCUGUCAUCAACUCAAAUGGUGGCGGUGUUGGCCCUUCUAUAAAUCCCAACACCUCACCCACUGCUGCAAGUCUAACAUAUAUUUCUCCUCCUCAAUCAUCAAAUAAUAGUCUUUUAUCUAGUUCUACAACAUCUUCAACUACUUCAGGUAGUUCCAUUACUAGUUUAAAUCAACAACAACAAGCAGGUCUUAAUAGUGGUUUACCAUCCUCAAAUUAUUCAUUCCAUACUCCUCGUCUUAGAUAUUAUUUAUCUAAAUCAUUUGAUAUUGAAGAUGAUUUAGAAUUCUGUCCUGAAAUAUCGGAAUCAUAUAAUACAAGUCCAACCAUUAAAAAAUUUAAUCCUUAUACUGCCACAGUCUUUUCACCAUCUCAAGAAAUUCAUGGAUCUUCUGGUCAACAUUCAUCGAAUUCUUCAACAUCAUCUCAACAAUCUUCGUCAUUGCCAACAAGUGCAAUGAGUACAUCUCCAAGAGUUCAUACACCAAGAAUUAAAAAGCCUUUGGAAAUAAUUAACCCUCAGACUAAAAUGAGAGUUGGAUCUCCCGCUAUUCAAAAUAAGUAA